AUCGAUCCUAAUUGGCAGUUAUCUGGGCUUUUAUAUCUGCCUACCUCCCGUUUUUGAACUGUGGUCACUAACUGAAGGGGCUCUGGCCUGGGAAGGCCUAUGCAUGUCUUCAGUUGGAUGGGGAGCGAGGACAGUGACUCUGGCGAUCUGCAAAAUUAGGAGGGAAUGUUGACCGGGUAGCACCGCUGCGGCCGAUCAGAGGAGCAGGAACCGGAGCCCGGGCUGAGUCCGAAAAACGCCGGAUCCGGAUGGUGGCUCCGGAACGGCUGGAAGUGGAAGAUGGAGGAGCCCGAGGAACCUGCGGACAGUGGGCAGUCGCUGCCCCCGGUGUACAUCUACAGUCCCGAGUAUGUCAGCAUGUGCGACUCCCUGGCCAAAGUCCCCAAACGGGCCAGUAUGGUACAUUCUUUGAUUGAAGCAUAUUCACUCCCUAAGCAAAUGAGAAUAGUUAAGCCCAAAGUGGCCUCCAUGGAGGAGAUGGCCACCUUCCACACUGAUGCCUAUCUGCAACAUCUCCAGAAGGUCAGCCAAGAAGGAGAUGACGACCAUCCAGACUCCAUAGAAUAUGGCCUAGGUUAUGACUGCCCAGCUACUGAAGGGAUAUUUGACUACGCAGCAGCUGUGGGAGGGGCUACAAUCACAGCUGCCCAGUGCCUGAUUGAUGGAAUGUGCAAAGUAGCGAUUAACUGGUCUGGAGGGUGGCAUCAUGCAAAGAAAGAUGAAGCAUCUGGUUUUUGUUAUCUCAAUGAUGUUGUCCUGGGAAUAUUACGAUUGCGACGGAAAUUUGACCGUAUUCUCUAUGUGGAUUUGGAUCUGCACCAUGGAGAUGGUGUAGAAGAUGCCUUCAGUUUCACCUCCAAAGUCAUGACGGUGUCCCUGCACAAAUUCUCUCCAGGAUUUUUCCCAGGAACAGGCGAUGUGUCUGAUGUUGGCCUAGGGAAGGGACGGUACUACAGUGUGAAUGUGCCCAUUCAAGAUGGCAUACAGGAUGAGAAGUAUUACCACAUCUAUGAAAGUGUACUAAAGGAGGUAUACAUAGCCUUUAAUCCCAAAGCGGUGGUCUUACAGCUGGGAGCGGAUACAAUAGCUGGGGAUCCCAUGUGCUCCUUUAACAUGACUCCUGUCGGAAUUGGCAGAUGUCUUAAGUACGUCCUUCAGUGGCAAUUGGCAACGCUCAUUUUGGGAGGAGGAGGCUAUAACCUUGCCAACACGGCUCGAUGCUGGACAUACUUGACCGGGGUCAUCCUAGGGAAAACACUAUCCUCUGAGAUCCCAGAUCAUGAGAUGGAAGAAUUGGAUGUAUAACCUAGCCUUUCUCUGGAAACAGUUUAACCCUAGUAGCAACUAUCCAUCCUUUGCAAGAAUUCCAGGAGGAUACCAGCUGUAUCCAUCAUAAAUAGAUGUAUCCAUUAGAAAAUACUAGAUUGCCAAAUGAAGGGAAGGGACUUGGGAAGGCAAGCCCAGCACAAAUAUUAGAAAUGAUUGGUGGUGAGAUUUCAAUCAUAAUUCUCAUUAGAUGCAAAACUAGUGAUGCCAUAAAGCCAGUUGUCAGAGAGUUAGUCCCAGCCCAAGAACUGGGAAGCCAGGUUGGCCAGCCAGGCAUGGAAUAAGGAAGCAAUCCCAGCUGGAAGAAGCAUUGGCCCAUCUGGGAAAGCUGAGAGGAAUGGAGCCUGCCCAUAUGACUGGCCCAGGUGUCUCUACCAUAGGAAAAUCCCAAAGGUAAUAUGGGUUCCCAUAAAAUCAUCAGUGCAUAGCUAAUUUAGUAAAUCAUCCACACCAUGUAAUAAGGCUUAUGGGCUAUUAUAUCUCAGAAUGUUCUGUAAUCUAGUAAUACUACUUGGGUCUUAUGAUCUAAAAUUAGAAUAAGGCAGUUCAUGUACUCAUAUAUACAUAUAUGUAUACGUAUAUACAGAUAUGUCAGCUACAUGUAUAUACCUGAAUCAUCACGUAGGUUUAUAAACAAAAUUUAAUGAAAAAAAAUAUUUACUUAGCCAACCACUUUUGAUGAACUGUUAGAUAAACUAUGCCUCGUUCAUACAAGGGAAUAUAUGUAGCCAUUGAAAAGAAUUAAGUUGAUUUACAUACAAAUAUAUGCUGCUAAUGUAAAAUAGACUUACAGUGCAAUCCGUAGAUUAUACUGAAUCUAGCUUGCU